CCCGGGGUGGCCCCGCGCUGCGCUGCGCGCAGGCAGCGGCCGCCGGCGCGAACAAAGGCAGCGGCAGGCGGCGGUGGCGGCGCUGCCCGUGCGAGGCAGCCCGCCCGCCCCUGCUUCCUGGGCCGGGCUGGGCUGGGCGAGGCGAGGCGAGGCGGCCUCCACCCCGCCGGCGCGGAGCAGAACCGCUGCCGCCGCCACAGCAGUAGUAGGAGCAGCGGCGGCGGUCGCGGGGCGCGCUCUCCGGAGGAGCUGCAUGUGCGCGGGAGGAGCGGUUAGGAUGGCAGUGCUCAAGCUCGCCGACCAGCCGCCACUGGUCCAAGCGAUUUUCAGUGGUGAUUCAGAAGAGAUACGGAUGUUGAUCUACAAAACCGAGGAUGUCAACGCCUUGGAUGCCGAGAAACGAACUCCUCUUCACGUUGCAUCAUUCCUGGGAGAUGCAGACAUCAUCGAGCUUCUCAUUUUGUCAGGUGCUCGUGUUAAUGCCAAGGACAAUAUGUGGCUGACUCCUCUUCAUCGGGCAGUUGCUUCAAGAAGUGAAGAAGCAGUGCAAGUAUUGAUUAAGCACUCAGCUGAUGUCAAUGCUCGGGACAAGAACUGGCAGACACCAUUGCACGUGGCAGCUGCAAACAAGGCAGUGAAGUGUGCAGAGGUCAUCAUCCCCAUGCUGAGCAGCGUCAACGUCUCUGACCGAGGCGGACGGACAGCACUGCACCAUGCAGCACUGAAUGGCCACAUUGAGAUGGUGAAUUUGCUCUUAGCCAAGGGAGCAAACAUCAAUGCUUUUGACAAAAAGGACAGAAGAGCUCUUCACUGGGCAGCGUACAUGGGUCACCUGGAAGUUGUUGCCUUACUGAUAAAUCAUGGUGCAGAAGUGACUUGUAAAGACAAGAAGGGUUACACCCCACUUCACGCAGCUGCAUCCAAUGGGCAGAUUAACAUUGUGAAACACCUCCUUAACCUGGGGGUAGAGAUUGAUGAAAUGAAUGUCUAUGGAAAUACUGCACUUCACAUUGCCUGUUACAAUGGUCAGGAUUCUGUUGUUAAUGAGCUGAUUGACUACGGUGCUAAUGUAAAUCAGCCUAAUAAUAAUGGAUUCACUCCCUUGCAUUUCGCUGCUGCCUCUACUCACGGAGCACUGUGUCUUGAACUACUAGUGAAUAAUGGGGCAGAUGUUAACAUUCAGAGUAAGGAUGGGAAGAGCCCAUUGCACAUGACAGCCGUCCAUGGGAGGUUCACACGGUCACAGACCCUCAUUCAGAACGGAGGGGAAAUCGACUGUGUUGAUAAGGAUGGUAAUACCCCUCUACACGUGGCUGCAAGAUACGGACAUGAGCUUUUGAUUAACACCCUCAUAACCAGCGGAGCUGAUACUGCCAAGUGUGGGAUCCACAACAUGUUCCCUUUACACUUAGCAGCGCUGAAUGCUCACUCAGACUGCUGCAGGAAGUUGUUGUCAUCGGGACAAAAGUAUAGCAUAGUGUCCUUGUUUAGUAAUGAGCACGUGCUGUCUGCAGGCUUUGAAAUAGACACCCCUGAUAGUUUUGGAAGAACGUGCCUCCACGCUGCCGCUGCAGGAGGUAAUGUUGAAUGUAUAAAACUCUUGCAAAGCAGUGGAGCAGAUUUUAAUAAGAAGGACAAAUGUGGGAGGACGCCUUUGCACUAUGCAGCUGCAAAUUGUCAUUUCCACUGUAUUGAGACACUGGUGACAACAGGAGCCAAUAUUAAUGAAACAGAUGACUGGGGACGCACCCCUUUGCACUAUGCUGCUGCUUCUGACAUAGACCGAAAAAGAAAGAAUAUUUUAGGUAACUCCCAUGAAAAUGCUGAAGAACUUGAAAGAGCCACUGAGAUGAAGGAAAAAGAAGCUGCAUUGUGUCUGGAGUUCCUCCUACAGAAUGAUGCCAAUCCAUCCAUCCAAGACAAAGAGGGGUACAACACUGUGCAUUAUGCUGCUGCAUAUGGGCACCGGCAGUGUUUGGAACUGAUUGGAAGCAAAACUCCAUUGGAUAUACUUCUGGAAAAAACCAACUUGUUUGAGGAAUCCGAUUCUGCAGCUACAAAAAGCCCUUUGCAUUUAGCUGCCUAUAAUGGUCAUCAUCAAGCCUUGGAGGUACUUCUCCAAUCUCUAGUAGAUCUGGAUAUUAAGGAUGAGAAGGGACGCACCGCUUUGGACCUGGCUGCAUUUAGGGGACAUGCAGAGUGUGUGGAAGCUCUCAUCAGCCAGGGUGCUUCUGUCAUUGUAAAAGACAAUGUCACCAAAAGGACCCCUCUCCACGCCUCAGUCAUUAACGGCCAUACACCUUGUUUACGGUUGUUGUUGGAAGUUGCAGACAACCCUGACGUGACAGACGCCAAAGGACAAACCCCACUGAUGCUUGCAGUGGCAUAUGGGCACAUUGAUGCUGUUUCUUUAUUACUUGAAAAAGAAGCAUCUGUAGAUGCAGCUGAUCUCCUGGGAUGCACAGCUUUACAUCGAGGGAUUAUGACCGGGCAUGAAGAGUGUGUUCAGAUGCUGUUAGAGAAAGAAGUAUCUAUUUUAUGUAAAGAUGCCAGAGGUAGAACACCUCUGCACUUUGCUGCAGCUCUGGGUCACGCCACUUGGCUGAGUGAAUUACUGCAGAUAGCACUUUCAGAGGAAAACUGCAGUUUGAAAGAUAAUCAAGGUUAUACACCGCUGCACUGGGCUUGUUACAAUGGUCAUGAAAACUGCAUAGAGGUACUAUUGGAACAAAAAUUUUUCCGCACAUUUUAUGGUAAUAGCUUCUCCCCAUUGCACUGUGCUGUAAUCAAUGAUCAUGAGAACUGUGCAUCACUGCUCAUCGGAGCCAUCGAUGCCAGCAUUGUCAAUUGUGAAGAUGACAAAGGAAGAACACCCCUUCACGCAGCAGCCUUCGCAAAUCACGUGGAGUGCCUCCAGCUCCUCCUGAGUCACAGCGCACAAGUGAAUGCUGCAGAUCACGCAGGGAAAACACCACUCAUGAUGGCAGCUCAGAACGGUCACAUAGGUGCUGUAGACUUUUUGGUGAACAUUGCCAAGGCUGACUUGACAUUAAAAGAUAAGGAGUCGAAUACGCCUUUGCACUUGGCUAGCAGUAAAGGUCAUGAAAAAUGUGCCUUGUUAAUACUUGACAAGAUACAAGAACAGAGCCUUAUUAAUGCAAAAAAUAAUGCAUUGCAGACACCUCUCCAUAUUGCUGCACGAAACGGCUUAAAGAUGGUGGUGGAAAAAUUGCUAGCCAAAGGGGCAUGUGUUCUAGCAGUAGAUGAAAAUGGUCAUACGCCAGCCCUGGCUUGCGCUCCUAACAAAGACGUGGCUGACUGCCUGGCACUCAUUUUGGCAACCAUGAUGCCUUUUUCUCCUUCCAGUUCAAUGACGGCUUUCAACUUCGUUUGUUUUAAAAAAGACAAUUUGGGCAGGACACACCUCUGCGAUGGCUCCAGCAUGGGUAGCAUUAACUCUUACAAUAAGCCCUUAAGUAACAACAUAGGAACAGAGGAUGGGUACAAUGAAAAUGAUUCAGAUUCUGAAACAUUUUGACUUUUUGGUAUUCAGAAACUUCUUUUUCAUUAUUGUUUCAUUUCAGCUUUAUUUCUGUCUUUUUAAACAGCUUAAAUCCCAAGGCCAUAUUCUCAGCUAUUACUCUUGACAAGUAGGUAUUGAAAGAUUUGUAGUGUUAUAAGAAUCAAGCCUUUAAAUAACUAAGUUAGAGGGGUUUACUGGAACAUAUUCCCAUUGAUGUUCUGCAGCUUUUCAGAUUCCUGGUGUUUUCUUUAGGCCCUAAGUGCCCCUGUGGAAAACCUCUACCUCUUAUUUUAAGUAGAAAAAGAGAAAAUGCCUUUUUUCUUUUUGACAGCACAAAUAAACAGGGAACUGUUUGUAAGUUUUUACAUGUUUUAGCUGUACUUUUAGUACACAGACAUAUUUCCAGCAUAGCUUUCAUAGGUUUUAGCAUCACCCCUUUCCUAUGUGUGUGUGUUUCCUGCUUCCAGGGGCUCUGUUAAUUAGAUUUAUUAAUUUUUGUUUUACACAAACCAAAGGUAAAGUUGUAAAUCUUAAAACCGCCUGUAUUACUUUUCUACAGGAAAUGAAACCUUUUGCAUUCUGCGUGUAUUAAGCACUUAAACGUACAGAGGCACUUUUCACAGUUCUUAGUUGCAGCACACAAUGAGAAAAAUAUAGUUAUUAACUCUUAAGGCCAAAUUCUACUUGUCUGACCCUAUUUCCCCACAGAUAUUAGUGGAACCAAUGGUAUAAAAUGAAAAUCACUUGGUCCUUAUAUUUUUUCAAUUCAGCACAAACAUAUACAGUUUAUUUGCACUACAGAAUUAGGGUCAUUAGAUGUUUCUGUCACCUGAGCCAUUAACCAUGAAUCUCAUAUCAGAAAAAAUAAGGGGGGUUGAGGAUGUGAGGAAUUAGGUGUAGGUAAAGGUGUUUGUAAAAGUUGAUAAUGACUUGCCAACUUAAAUGGAUUUUUUUUUCCUCUUCUAUACUUAAAUAACUUAUUUUUACUGUAAACAGUAUCAAAUUUUAAAAUACUUUUAACAGUGUUUGGAUUAACAGAGCAAAGGUAAAGCAAUGAAAGCAUAACACCAAAAGCUGAACUACCAAACACCAGAAAACAUGGCAGUGUACCGCGCAGGGAUUGGAGAUACAUGCUAAAAAAGCCUAUUGUCACCAGCUUUUAAAGCAAUGUCAACUUUGUGAAUAUGUUUACUCCUUCUGCCAAAGUUUCUAGGUCAAAUGGACCACGACCCUCACCUGCAACAGAUGUACAAAAGGAAGAAUGAGACUUUGUAAACAAAAACAAACUAAACAAAAAGCUAUCACGAACUAAUCAGCUGUACCAAGAGGACCAAAAUGCUUCAGUAAUUAAAUGGAAGACUUUGCUACUUUUAUUUUUUCUUCAAAUGUGAGUGACAUAAUGAACCAGUUUUUUCUAAACCAUAAAAAUAGAAACUUUUGAGGUAAUGAGUAGUCUUGACUGAAUUUUACAUUUUAUGACGCAGGUUUCAAGUUGACAUUUGUAACUGUUGAUGUGUUGACCACAGUUCGGGUUGGGUUUCUUUCCAGACUAAAGAAUAUGUUCAUAUACUUUUAAUGUAAAUGUGUUUAUAUUUAUUUGAAGUGAAACAAAUGCCCAGGAAAAAAUACCUAUGGCUUGUUCUCCUA